AGAUUUUCCACUUAAAUUAUGACUGAAAGCUCGUCUGAAAUCCCCCAGAAGCACACAAUUGGCCUAAUUACUGCAAUUUCUUAUACUGUCGGAGAUAUUGUUGGCUCAGGCAUCUUCAUCUCCCCGACAUCCAUUUUAAAUCACGCGGGGUCAGUUGGUUUAUCACUUUGCCUAUGGGCUCUUUGUGCAUGUAUAUCACUUUUUGGAGCACUUUCAUAUGUGGAAUUGGGUACCUCAAUACGAAAAUCGGGUUGUGAUUUCGCAUAUUUAUCGCAUUUCGGGUGGAGACCCCUUGCUUCAUCAUUCAUGUGGGUAUCCACAUGUCUUUCCUAUCCAGCAGUUCUUGCAAUUCAGGCAAUUUCUUUUGGAGAAUAUAUUGUUACAGGCCUCGACAGUUGGAUAACUAUAGAUGAAAAUUGGAGGUUUAUGACAUAUCGGUUGGUGGGAUUUUCCAUGCUAUGGCCCCUAAUGCUCCUGAACUUCUUCUCCCUAAAAAAAGUGGCCGGAGCCUUCCAAAUCGUUGCAACUGCCAUCAAAUUAAUAGUCGCCUCAAUUAUCAUAAUCACGGGUCUCUAUCACAUAAUAUUCAAGCAACAAACUCAAAAUUUCAAAAAUUCAUUUACCGGGUCGGACUGGAAUCCGGGAAAUCUUGUGCUCGGCGUCUAUUCCGGGCUCUUUGCGUAUAAUGGAUGGGAUGUGCUCAAUUUUGGAGCCGAGGAGAUUGAGAAUCCAAGAAGAACCCUCCCAAUUGCUGCAAUCAGUGGAAUUGCGAUUUCAGCGACAGUCUUUAUCCUCAUGAAUGUUUCAUAUUUCUCAGUUUUAUCAGUGGAAGAUUUCAAAAAUUCACCGGCGGUUGCGGUGACAUUCGCCGAGCGAACCCUUGGAGAUUUCCACUAUGCAAUUCCAUUUUUAAUUUCACUUUUAUUAAUCGGAAGUAUGAAUACCACCAUUUUUGCAUGCAGUAGGUAUAUGUACUCCGGUGCCCAGCAAUCCGUUAUGCCUACUCCGUUGAGAGGAAUUCAUCACAGAACCAGAAGCCCACGGCUAGCGGUUUUUGCAGAGAUUCUCAUUGCAAUCUGUCUCAGCUUCAUCGGUAACCUUGACCAACUGAUCAGCUAUAUGUCUUUUGCCUUGUGGUCUCAAAGGACGUGUACACAAGUCGGAUUUAUCUAUUUCAAGCUACGCGGCACCUUGAAGACGCAGGACAGCUUCCAAGUACCCAUUUUUGUACCAGUUGUGUUUUUGGGAAUAUGUAUUGCGUUGCUGGUUAUUCCAAUUACUCAGAAUUACCACGUAGCAAUCUACGGAGUCAGUAUGACCAUUGGCGGAGCAAUCAUCUAUUUAAUAUUCAUUUUCCCGAAUACUUUACCCAUUUUUUUGCACAAAAUCAAUAAUUCUAUAGUGAAAUUUGCACAAAUUAUAUUUAAUUGUGUAAUUGAGCCAUACGAGGAUUCAACUGUUGAGGAAUUUGAAGAAUUUGAGGAAAUCAACGAUUAUUCCAAGAAAUUUCAUCGAUUUUAAGUUGUUUUUGUGGUGAAUGUUGCAAAAAAAAGUGCUAAGUGUCAUAUAAUAAAGUGAUCUCUAAGUUGAUUU